GAAAGGUGUCCUGCUCACUAGCGCCUGGAUGAAGGAUCUCAAGUGUCAAGGCUACUAUGUAUGUCGCUCACAGUCUUGUACAUUUGCAUAGUUGUCUCUUCAUUCGCUUCGCCAUUGUUCACUCCUGCUGCCACAAAUGUCUUUCAGCCUGGAUCACCCCGACCUAGGCACCGUCAUUGGAAAUGACGGCCCCAAGGUAUCACGUUUUUUCGGUGUCCAAUACGCAACCUUGGAAAAUCGGCUUGCCAAUGCACAACUGAAGACUUACUCAGGUCAUGGCGACGUCAUAGCUGAGAAGCAUGGGCCGUCCGCCAUAUCUAUGCCGAACGCGUGCGACAUGGAACAUAUGUUCAUCCAGCAGACUCUACCCCAUGGAGAGUUCUCUUACUCCGACACCGAGUGCCUCAAUCUGAACGUGUUCGUGCCUAAAACGACCAGGAAAGACCUUCCUGUCUUCAUGUUCAUUCAUGGAGGUGGCUUCGCAAUCGGCUCAAACGCAUGGCCUCAAUAUGACCUUGCAGCCUUCGUAAGGAGGUCCGUUGAGCGAGACACACCAGUUAUCGCUAUCAAUAUCAAUUAUCGCCUAGGGGUGUUUGGGUUUCUGACCUCGCAGGAAUUGCGCGACGCUGGAUUCUCCUCGAACAACGGGCUGAGCGACCAGCUUGUAGCCAUCAAAUGGGUGCAAAGGUACAUCGCUGGCUUUGGUGGCGAUACCCAAAACAUCACUGUGGCGGGCGAAAGUGCAGGUGCAGUGUCUGCACUCCUUCAUGCAACGCGAAAAGACGGCCUGUUCAAAAGGGUUAUGAGUAUGGGAGGCACACCCCUCCUAUUGAAGCCGCUUCCAGGUUUUGUUGCGGAAGCCACCUACAGUUCCGUGGUCGAUCAGCUUGGUCUAGCAUCCCUGACCGCCGAAGAACGCGUCCGGGCUUUGCUCACGAUCAGUGCUGAGGACGUUCUUUCCAAAGUUCCACCGUCAGCACCGCUGAUGCCUGUGGUGGAUGGCAGCGUAGUACCAACACCAUUCACGUUCUCAGAUUAUGCCAGCAUCUCGACUGGUCAAGGCUGUGAAAGCCUGUUGAUUGGCGAUUGCGCCUUCGAUUCAUCGAUUUUGUUCUACAUGCUACAUGCGCGUCUACCCACCCUCGUUAGCGACUUUCACAAAUCAACAGCGAAAUCGCUGGCAGACCACCCGGAAGUCCGCUCAGAGUUGUUGAAAGGGUACGGCAUCGGAGAGGAAAACGACCCGAAAAACCUGCAGAGUAUCCUGGAGUUCGCCCACGACAUCGGUUUCUACGCCCCUGCCGUCGAGAUCGCCAAAGCCUGGCCGCAGAAAGCAUAUCUCUACCACUUCAAUGAAGUCAACCCGUGGGAUGGGCGCUGGAAAGGAUUCUCGAGCCAUAUCUUCGAUGUGGCUUUGCUCUUCCAAAAUUAUCAAGACAUGUUGUCGAAGGAACAGCAGGAAGUAGCGCUCAAGUUCUGUGACGAUGUGCUUGAUUACGUCUCCGGCAAGGAACCAUUCCCAAGCUUCAAGUCUGGCGAAGGAGGUGCCAGGGUGUAUGGACCAGGUUCUCUGGGCGCCAGGUUCAUCCCAGGUACGAAGAGCGAGGAUGUUGGGAGGCGGUCGGUGCUACUUCGUCUUUCCGACAAGGUCGGACUGGACACCUUGUCGCACGUAUGGGACAUGUUCAUGAUAGGUCAAUAAGCCGGGCUCUCUUAGUAUGAAGCAUUAUUGAGUGGAAGAGUCUUGAGCAUAUUCCUGCCCCCAGUUAAAGCUAUAGCGAGAAAUGGCCAGAGCCAUAUUUUAGCUGAAGCGAGGCAUCAGAUGUACAAAUACCGUCAAGGCAAUCAGGAACAGACCUCUUUUACGUGUAUCAGAAUUCUAGGGUUUAAACUGACACAAUUCUGUCCUACUUGUUGGCCAGGCUCGAAUUUAUGCCUCCACCUGGAACA